AUGGACGGUGGUGAACAGGAGAAACUGUGUAAAUGCUUGGUGUGUGGAAAGAGCUUCAGUGACAGUUCAGGCCUAAAAUCACAUGAAAGAAUUCACACAGGACAGGAAUCAUACAAAUGCUUAGAAUGUGGAAAGGGUUUCAAUCGCCACUCAACCCUUAAAUCGCAUCAACGAAUUCACACAGGGGAGAAACAGUAUACCUGUUUUGACUGUGGAAAGACCUUCCGUCAGCUCUCAAGCCUUACAUCUCAUCAAAGAAUCCACGCAGGGGAGAAGCCAUAUAAAUGUUGGGAGUGCGGAAUGAGCUUUGCUCAGAAUAGUAACCUUACAUCUCAUCGAAGAAUCCACACAGGGGAGAAGCCAUAUAAAUGUUUGCAGUGCAGAAGGAGCUUUGCUCACCAUGGUAGCUUUGCUUCACAUAAUAGAGCCCACACAGGGGAGAAACCAUAUAAAUGCUUGGAAUGUGGAAAGAGCUUCAACCAGAAUUCACACCUUAGUUCACAUAAGAAAACUCACACUGGUGAGAAGCCAUAUGAAUGCUUUGAGUGUGGGGAGAGCUUCACUUAUAAAUCAAGCCUUACAGCACAUCUAAGAAUUCACACAGGGGAGAAACCGUAUACCUGUUUUGACUGUGGAAAGACCUUCCGUCACCGCUCAAGCCUUACAUCUCAUCGAAGAAUCCACACAGGGGAGAAGCCAUAUAAAUGUUGGGAGUGCGAAAUGAGCUUUGCUCACAAUUCUAGCCUUAGAAAACAUAAGAGAAUCCACACAGGGGAGAAGCCAUAUCAAUGUUUGCAGUGCAGAAGGAGCUUUUCUCAAAGAUCAAGCCUUACUGUGCACAAGCGAAUCCAUACAGGGAAAAAACCAUAUAAAUGUGUGACAUGUGGAAAGAGCUUUAGUAACCACACACACCUUGUUAGACAUUGCAGAAUCCAUACAGGGGACAAACCGUAUGCAUGUUUUGAGUGUGGAAAGAGCUUCAUUUGCAGCACAAGCCUUAAUUCACAUCAAAUAAUUCACACGGGACAAACCAUAUAA